AUGUUACAUCCGGCCAGUCGAGGAAAAAUCACCUUACGGUCAGCAAACCCUUUCACUUACCCGAAAAUAGAAGCCAAUUACUUAGCUGAACCAGAGGACGUGGAGACUUUGAUUAAAGGAAUCCGUGAAUGUCACAACCUGGUCAACACGCCAACAAUGAAAGCUAUCGGAGCUGAGUUGACUGAGGACACGCCAGCCUCGCAAUGUGCACAACACAGGUUCGGAUCCCACAAGUACUGGGAGUGUGUGGUCAAGCUGAGGGCCAGCACUGAGUACCACCCUGUGGGGACAUGCAAGAUGGGGCCAAGGAGAGACAGAACGGCUGUGGUGGAUGGGAAACUCAGGGUUCGAGGUAUAUCUGGUCUCCGUGUGGUAGACGCCUCUGUGAUGCCAUGGAUUGUGUCAGGGAACACAAAUGCUCCUGUUGUUAUGAUAGCUGAGAAGGCAGCGGACAUGAUUAAAGGGAAACAACCACUUAAACCAAUCGACUUGUAG